UCUGUAUCUCUAAUUCUCUAUGGUCAUACAUUUCUCAUACCCUGUUAAGCUCUCUUAGUCUCUCUCGCUUCUGGAUCUCAAGCUUAGCUGAAGAAAGAAGAAAGAAGAAAGAAGAAAGAAGAAAGAAGACUUUAUCAUCAUCACCACCGCCAUCUGAAACCUUUAAAGUCGACGAUUUUGGAGAAGAUGAGUGAAGAAGGCAAGGACAGAGGAGUCACCAGCGGCGAUCAUCAUCACCAUCACCAUGAUCAUCAAGAGCAGCAACCUCAGUACGGAACGUUUCAGGGGGUUGCGAACUAUCCUCAGCAGCCGGUGAUCGGGUUUCCUCAGCCGAUUCCGCCGCCCGGCUCCAGCGAAGCGUCGGCUCCACCACCGCCUCAGUAUUAUGCUCAGGGGUAUCAGGCCGUUCCAGGUUAUGCUAUUGCUGAAGGAAGACCUGUAAGAGAGCGUCGCCUUCCUUGCUGUGGUCUUGGUCUUGGCUGGUUCUUGUUCAUUAUUGGUUUCUUCCUUGCCGCUAUUCCUUGGUAUGUUGGGGCCCUUCUUCUACUUUGUGCCAGAGUUGACUACCGUGAGAAACCGGGAUAUAUUGCUUGCACAGUUGCUGCUAUUCUUGCCACAAUUGCUGUCGUGUUUGGUUUGACAAAGGAUGACUGGUAAUCUCCCAGGGAAGAGCUGUCAGGUCCUGGAAAGGGGAUGAAUGCAUAUGCAUCGAAUCAGAAAAGUCGACCUGGGUUAUCGAUUUGCACGAAGUCAUUUCGUGUGAAUUUGUAAAUGCAAUCAUGAAGUACUUGAGGUUUCAUAACAUAAUUUACUGCUGUUACUUUUUUCUGAACUGUGAUGAAAUGCAUUUGAAAUUUGUUUUAAGAAUGGUUUGUUCACAUUUCAAUGCAUCUAUCAGUGUUUUACAGUAGAAUAUGUGCUGGACUUAUUGGAACCUCAGAGUGAGAGCAAGAUCGCAAGUUUCAAUUU